GUGCGUGCUCGGAGUUCGUGGGCGGAGCGCGACGGCCGGUGAACCGAUCGGUAGUGGCGUGGUUGAUUCCUGCUGUUCCAUCGAGUUGAGACAGACAGACCCUUCGAGAUGUCCGACGACGAGAAGCAAGAGCAGACCAUCGCCGAGGACCUGGUAGUGACCAAGUACAAGAUGGGCGGUGACAUCGCCAACCAGGCACUGAGGCUGGUCAUUGAUGCAGCCAAGCCAGGAGUGUCUGUUCUCAGCCUCUGUGAGAAGGGAGAUGUGUUCAUCAUUGCGGAGACCGGGCAGAUCUUUAAGAAGGAGAAGGAAAUGAAGAAAGGCAUUGCGUUCCCAACCAGUGUGUCAGUCAAUAACUGUGUGUGCCACUUCUCUCCCCUGAAGAGUGACCCAGACUACAUGCUGAAAGAUGGAGAUAUGGUCAAAAUUGAUCUAGGAGUACACAUUGACGGCUUCAUCUCCAACGUGGCCAACAGUUUUGUUAUAGGAGCCACUAAGGAAGCGCCUGUGACAGGAAAGAAAGCUGAUGUCAUCAAAGCAGCGCACCUGUGCGCGGAGGCCGCACUGCGUCUUGUCAAACCUGGCAACCAGAACACACAGAUCACUGAGGCCUGGAACAAGAUUGCCAAGUCAUUCAAAUGCAAUCCAGUAGAGGGAAUGCUGUCCCAUCAGCUAAAGCAACAUGUUAUUGAUGGAGAGAAGACUAUAAUCCAGAACCCAACAGAUCAACAACGCAAAGACCAUGAAAAAGCAGAGUUUGAAGUUCAUGAAGUGUAUGCUGUGGAUGUGCUGAUCAGCACAGGAGAGGGAAAGGCAAGAGAUGGAGGUCAGAGAACAACCAUCUACAAACGGGACCCCAAUAAGCAGUAUGGACUGAAGAUGAAGACGUCCAGAAUGUUCUUCAGUGAAGUGGAAAGACGCUUUGAUGCUAUGCCGUUCACUUUAAGGGCGUUUGAGGAUGAAGGAAAAGCCCGUUUGGGGGUGGUGGAGUGUGCCAAACACGAGCUUCUGCAGCCAUUUAGUGUACUGCAUGAGAAAGAAGGCGAGUUUGUGGCUCAGUUCAAAUUCACAGUGCUGCUGAUGGCCAACGGGCCUUUGAGAAUCACCGAUGGGCCAUUUGAAGCAGAACUCUACAAGUCUGAACAUGAUAUACAAGAUCCUGAACUCAAGUCUCUGGUACAGAGUUCUGCAAGUCGCAAAGCACAGAAGAAGAAGAAAAAGAAGGCCUCCAAAACUGCAGAGAAUGCUACAGGCCAACCAGCUGAGAAUGAAGUUGCAGUCGAAUAGGGGCGACACAACACUCAAGAAACCCUCGACAAGCAAAAAACUAAACAUUUCAGUCUUGCCCAACUGUUUCAAGCUCUUCCUCAUCAAGGCUUUAUUUGAGAGUCCCUGUUAAAACUCCUGUUGUGGAGAAAUGUGUGAUUUAGAUCUGGACUCCAGGUUAACUGAAGCAAAUUUGUACUUUCAUAAUGAAUCUCUUUACUCUUUUGAAGCACUCAUUUACAUUUGACGACUGCAAUGCAAUGCAAUGCCUUUUUCAAAAUCGAAUAAAAAAACUUUGCAAUUCUUUUGAAUUUGAAA